CUCCAUCUCCCUCAUUCUCCAUCCAUUCGCAUAUCCCGGAUCCUGUUUUCCCUCCCCCCCUUUGCCUUUCGCCCCGUUUUUGCCCUGGUUUUCCAACGACACCGCCGGAAGGUUGUUCGUCCUGUCUCGUCCUCUACCUGCCCUGUCCUUGUUGAUCUUGUCUCCCGUCGCAACCUGUCACUCAUUGCUGGUUUGUCCCUCAUUUGCUGUUGCUUGGUUAGCUCUGCUCAAUCUGCCGUCAUUUCGCCUCUACCAAUCGCCAAUUGCAUCUUCACCCCCCUCCUCAUCUCCCGUCAUCUUGUCUGUCCCUCCCUUCCCCCUCAACGCUCGCUAUUCACCUCGCUUCGCCUUGGUAUUCCUUCGUUUCACACCGUCUGUGCCUCAGUACGUAGACGGACAAUCGAUUGAUUGACGACAUCUUCUGCAUAAUUACUGGUCUUCCACGCAUUAUCACAUAUCGUCGCUCGCUACCUCACCCAAAGGUUAUACCCAACCCGUAUCCAUUCAUACCAGGCCUAGACCUUUGGCUGCUUACGGACGAACACGUUCGUCUUCGUUCUCGUCUUCGCUGGUUUCCCUACACUCGCUCGUUUGCAACAGCAACAAACACAUUCCUCUCAAAACAUAGAGUUGCUUCGCUAUUCUCCACUCAAGGGCCAAGACAACAGAGCCAAGCCAACAUCGUCGCUCGCUUUCUGCUCUCGUCUCUCAUUCUCUCUCUCACGACACUCGCUGCCGUCUCUCGUCCCAUCUUCUCGACAACCUGACGUCCAUUUCCGUCACCAUAAUUCAACUCGACCAGUCGACCACCGUCCGUGACCUGGAGAACCGGCCACCCCCCGCUGUUUGCAUCCCACUGCAUCCUGGCCAUCUCGAGACAGUUCACCCAGGCUUCGCACACCCUGAGCAUCAAGGGGCCUCCACCCUCUCCACAGACGUCUUAUCUCUUCUGUCUGUCUUUUCGUCUCGUCUCAUCAUCCAUCCCUCGUCAGAAAGGAAAGGAAAGGAAGGGAAAAAAAUAAGACAAGACGACCAAGCACCGGCCAAGCAUUUGCCAGGGAUCUGCCCGCUACGCAUAAUUGCGCCUUGACGAACCAACCCGCAACAACCAGCAACCCAGCAAGUGUCAUUACAGCAUAGCCGAACCCCCCGUUCCUGAUCCUUUCCCUUGCUCCGCUCCACGUACCCAGCACCAAGCUCCCGACCAAACCACCAUCACACGCUCUCGCCCUAUUCUAGACUGUUGCCCCGUCCUCCCAAGGCCUGGCCGCGACAGUCUUGACUGACCUUCGUUAACACCAAACAAGCUUUUUUGUUGUUUUCUCUAUACUCACCUCUUCUUCACUCUCACUACCUGCCGUCCUUCCUUCUUCCCUUUUUCCCUUUUGUUUCCUUGGACACUAGACAAUGCAAUGAUGAUAUACGGGCAUCAAGACGUUGAUCUCGCUGGUCCCAGCCCAGGUUCGCCCCCAGGCAUGACGUCUUCCAAAACAUCAAAGUCUUCUUCGUUCAAAUCCUUCCAUUCCGACGACAACAGCGUCCUGGACGACGUGAGUCAUUUUGAAGAAAUCGGUCUAGACGACGAUGCUUCCCAUUACGACACCCACCGCGCCCGCGACACACAUCCCCCGAAGGCCUCGCAGCCCUACUCGAGAUCGUAUUCCAACGACUUUCGCCCUAUAUCAUGGAAGCCGCCGCAUUCUCGCUCCCCGCCCAUGGCCCGGGAUCUCGCCAAACCCAGAAGCACGAGCGGAGCCGCAGAUCUCGCCCCCAACGUCCGCUCCAACUCACGAUCCUCCUCGCGACCCCCUUUUCUGAGCUUGAAGACCGACGGCCACGUCCUCAACCGCCGAAGCCCCAGCGCUGGUCGCCUUUCCGAUACCCGUCGAAGCCCCGUAAACCCCGUCAACUCUCGAGGCUUUGCGAGCCACUCAACGACUUCCCUCCAUUUCCCCCGCAAGAACCGCAGCCCGAGCCCCAACUUUUCGUUACUUCCGAGAGACCCCAACGUGCCCCUGAAGCCCCGACGGGAAAGCUGGCAGUCGACCCAAGACCGGAAGUCGGCAUUGGAACUGGAAAAGGAGUGCGACGAGGACGACACGGACGAUAUCCCCGAUGGUCUCAUUCUCGAUAAUGUCCCCAUCUCGCCCCGACCUCGACAGGAGCGAACACCCAGCCGGCCAACCUCGUCCUCCGGGGUGUCACCCAACAGACCGCCAAAAGAAAGAGUCCGUAGUGUUGGCAACGGAACACCCCCUGUCCCCGUUGAUUCGGGAUGUCUACGUUCCCCAUCCUGGAAGUCGGACACGGCCUUGUCAUCCAUCGGAGAGCAUGGUGCGCCCGAGCCCCUCAGGAAUCGCGCGAGAAGCUGGAACCUCGCACUUGCAGAGCUUAAUGCCGACGCCAAGGACUUGACGGAGAAGCUUGAAGAGCACUCGGACUAUGUUCGCGAGAAAGCCGCGGAAAACGCUAACCCCACGGGACGCCACACUUGGAACGGCAAGUCCCUCGAGCAACACGCGCAGAAGCCUCGGGUCAAGUCUGCGUUGCCUGAACUGCCUCCGAUCCGGCACCAGACCAACAUCAUGAUUGACCCACUUCCAAUUUCCAAGGAAAAGGAAGCAGUUCUCAGCCGCACACGGCCCUCAUGGCUUCCACCCAAGGACCCGGCCGAGGAGAAGCGCCAUCUGCGAGAGUACAAGAAGAUGAUGGCUCGCAGCGCCGAGGCAGACCGACGUCGCGAGGUCUCGCGCGAGGCCAAAAAGUCAACUCGAGACACGACGGCCGAUAACCUGAUGCGAGUCUGGGACGAUGAUAUUAUUCCUAGGUGGACCGAUGCCGUGCGAGAGCGUCGAACGCGCGAGUUGUGGUGGAAGGGAAUUGCUCCCCGCAGCAGAGGCACCGUCUGGGCGAGGGCCAUAGGCAACGAACUGGGCCUCUCCGGGAAGUCGUACAAUGCCGCCCUCGGUCGAGCUCAAGAACUUGAGGGGAGAGUUACCGCCAGCAAGGGUGACUCUGAGGACAUUCGGAGAGCAGCUUGGCUCUCGGCCAUCCGCAAAGACGUGGCCGAUCACACUUGGCAGGAUCUACGCAUCUUCCAGGUUGGCGGGCCACUGCAUCAGAGCCUCGUCGACGUCUUGUUUGCCUAUGCGCUGUACAGGAGCGACAUCGGCUACGUCAAGGGAAGUAACACUCUUGCAGCUCUUUUGUUGCUCAAUCUUCCCUCGCCAUCCGCGACAUUCAUCGCCCUUGCCAAUGUCCUAAACCGCCCAUUGCCUCUUAGUUUCUACUCGGAGGACCCUGGUGCGAAAGCUUCGGCCUACAACCUGGUCAUGCAGACGCUAAGCGUCAAGUCUCCCCGACUCCACGAGCACCUGACCAAGGACAUUUCAGAAGGCUACGCGGACUUCUACCUCGGCAACUUCUUCAUGGGACUCGGCACGACUCACCUGGCCAUGGAUGAAGCAGCCCGUCUUUGGGAUGUGUACGUCUUCGAGGGUGACGCGGUGUUAGUUCGGGCCGCUGUGGCCACACUGAUGCGUCACGAGAUGGCGCUCCUGGGCGUCAAGUCUGCCGGAGAGGCCAGGAAGAUAAUCGAAAGUGGCGCCCACAAGGACGGCCGCAAGGCUGUCGUUGGAGAUGACGGCGCCGAGGACCGCUGGAUGCGAGCUGUUCGGGAAGCGGGCAAGGCCUAAGCCCUCUCUCCGGACCCGUUUUCACCCCAUCCCUCCUUUUUUUUACGCUUGAUGAAUACUUGAGCUUUCGGAACAUACGACAUGAUCCUAACUGUUUAUAUCUAAUCUCCUGGGCCGGUAUAGUACCGGCCCUGCCAUCAGGGGAAAUCACACAUACACACCAAACGACAAAAUUUUAGCCAAGCCUGACUCUGUCUGAUGGCUUAAAGCUAUCGAUCGACGGGCGUGUAUAAAGGAUACCGGCGUCUGCGGCGCGAUGGUCAUUUUGUGGGAGCUGGUUUUGUAGCAUUUUCUUGGGUUGCCAUUUUUUAUCACCUAUUUCUUUCUUUGCCCGUAUUCGCCUUUGGAUGUUUUGCAGUGCGCGGGCAUCCUAGGGAAGCGAGGCGCACUCAAUAGAGUUACUGUACUGUAUGUAGAUAUACAGACGCUGGACGCCGAGGAUCUUGGUCAUGCGGAACAUGGCCUGUCCGGCAUUCUGUGGAUAUAAACAACAUCUGUCUUCCGGGACGAUUGGGACGUCCCGGAUCAAGGAGAUUUACCCGCUUAGAUCAUUUUUUAUUCGUCAUGGGCGACGAAACAAAAGGAAAAGGGUUUUGGGCUUAUUUGACAUUUCACUUCUGCCCAUCGCUUGCGAUCCGCGUCUUCACAUUCUUGUUUUCGUUGCGAACCGGGGCGGGGUUCGCACACCUCACCUCAAGGUGUUGAUCACCUUUUUCGAUAUCCCAUUCGUAUCAUUAGUCGUAUUGUAAAAGAAACCACUUUGUACCAACAACCAGCUUGUUGCUCGACGUGCUGCUCGAUCAGGUGUCUCGUUACCAUGCUUUGAAUUACGUCCAGCUGGCAACGAUGAUUCACACUUGGCUUCAUCAUCGAAGAACUGGCGCGAGUCCGCUUGCGAAGCGUUGUGUGAUGUGCCCAUGAGGCAUCGUUUCUCACGUACACGGAACAAACCGUCUGUUUCGAAUCCAUGAAUUAACCUUCCAGCGAAAUGCCCAACCUCGCCCGAUUGCCCCCAAUGAACAGAAAAUGUGAACUGGGAUGGGCUUGUAACGGGCCCCCUUGAUGACUUUUUUCUUCACUCCCUCCGUUGCCUACUUCUCCUUCUGCUUUUCCAGGAACUGCAACUGCUUCAUGCUGCUUCAUCUACACAACGACAACAACAACUGCGGUCUAACCC